UGGUGCUGUAUAACUGCUCAGUGGGAAGAGAAGACUGCAGCCUGUGUAAACACGCCGCCGCCCAGUACCAGUGUGUGUGGUGCUCCGCCACUCGCUCCUGUGUUUACCGGGAGCUGUGCCCGUCGUCGCAGCCGGCAAAGUGUCCCGACCCCGAGAUCACCGAUAUCAUCCCUCGCUUCGGUCCUCUCAACGGCCGCAUCUCCGUCACCAUCAAAGGCUCCAACAUGGGAAUAAAGAAGGAGGACAUCAGGAAGAUCACGGUGGCCGGAGUCGACUGUGUCCACCAGGAGGAGCGAUACUCCGUCUCUACCAGUGUGGUGUGUGAGAUCGGCCCGGCGAGGCGAGUUCCCCCGUUCGACCUCCCGGUUGAACCGACCUACAGCGGAGCGGUGCAGAUAGAGGUGGAGGGAGGGGGGACAGGGACGUCUCGGGUCAAGUUCACAUAUCGGGAUCCUAAACCUGUUGCCAUCGACCCGGUGAGGGGUCCAGCCGCCGGAGGGACCGUGAUCACCAUCAACGGAACAGACCUGGACACGGCGACUAAAGACGACAUCGCCGUCACUGUCGGAGGAGUUCCCUGUGAGAUCCUUUCCUUCGGCGAAAACAUCACCUGUAAGACGGGGAGGUACCGCGGACAGAAGGUUCCCUCCGACCCGUUGACGGUGACGGUCAAAUACGGAAGGAACACGACCAAAGACGUCCCGGCGACGUACCAGUACUCUGAAAACCCCAAGAUCACAGAUUAUAACCCCAAAGCCAGCUUCCUGUGUGGUGGUCGGAGGAUCGUGGUCACAGGAAAUGGUUUUGACCUGAUCCAAAGAGCAACGAUCAAAGUCGCCGCGUAUGACGAGUUCUCACAGGCCGCCACUUCGGAGGAGUUUGUUGAGGAGUUUCUGAGUAAGAACGACACCGUGCUGCAGUUCUACUCUCCGCCAGUGAACACCUCGCUCGACACGCAGACGCUCAGGACCGUCCUGCAUCUGGACAGCAUGACAGAGCAGCUGAAGAACUUCGACUACCACCCCGACCCCAGCUUCGACGAACUCCUCAAGAACGUCAUCACCGAGACCAGCAUCAUCAUCGUGACCGGUCGGGGCUUCUCCAAGGCGAUGAGCGCCAUCGAGGCCGAGGCGUUUGUCGGAGACGCGUCCUGUCACGUUAACAUCCUGCAGGACGACAAGCUGAUCCUGGAGGCUCCGUCAACGCAGCCCAGAGCGAGAUCCAAACGCCAACGCAGAGACACGACCAACCUGCUGGAGCUCAUGGUGAAGUUCGGUCACGGCGAGUGGCUCGUGGGUUCCGUCUACUACGCCAGGAAAGACGACAUUCCUCUGGCUAUAAUCAUCCCGGCCGUCAUCGUCCCCAUGCUGCUCUUCAUCGCUGUGUCCGUCUACUGCUACAGGAGGAAGAGUCAGCAGGCGGAGCGAGAAUACGAGAAGGUCAAACACCAGCUGGAGAAUCUGGAGGAAAGUGUCCGAGAUCGCUGCAAGAAGGAGUUCACAGACCUGAUGAUCGAGAUGGAGGAUCACACCAGCGACCUGAGCGAGGCUCGGAUCCCCUUCCUCGACUACAAGACCUACACCGACCGCAACUUCUUCCUGCCGUCAAAGGACGGCGUCAACGACACCAUGAUCACGGGGAAAAUACAAAUCCCAGAAGCCCGCAAGGCCAUCGUGGCUCAGGCGCUCACCCAGUUCUCCAACCUGCUGAACAGCAAAACCUUCCUCAUCAACUUCAUCCACACGCUGGAGAGUCGGCCGGACUUCAACGCUCGGGCUCGCGGUUACUUCGCCUCCCUCCUGACGGUGGCGCUGCACGGCAAACUGGAGUAUUACACGGACAUCAUGAGCACGCUGCUGCUGGAGCUGAUGGACGAACACGUUAUGAGCAAACACCCGAAACUUAUGCUCCGCAGGUCGGAGACGGUGGUGGAGAGGAUGCUGUGUAAUUGGAUGUCCAUCUGUCUCUAUCAGUUCCUCCGGGACACGGCAGGAGAACCUCUGUACAAACUGUUCAAGGCGUUGAAGCACCAGGUGGAGAAAGGACCUGUGGACGCCAAGAUGAAGAAAGCCAAGUACACCCUGAACGACACGGGGCUGCUGGGAGAUGACGUCGAGUACUCUGUGCUGACUCUGCAGGUGUUGGUGCACGGGGAGGGACCAGACGUGACUCCAGUCAAGGUGUUGAACUGUGACACCAUCACACAGGUGAAAGAGAAGAUCAUCGAUCAGGUUUACAGGAAUCUGCCGUACUCACAGAGGCCGAAGGUGGAGAGCGUCGCUCUGGAGUGGCGCCCCGGCUCCACGGGUCAGAUCCUGUCCGACCUGGACCUGACCUCUCAGAAGGAAGGACGCUGGAAGAGGCUCAACACUCUGGCUCAUUACAACGUUCGUGACAACGCCACGUUGGUUCUGUCCAGAGUUUUACACACACAAUCGUUCCAUCAGCACCAAGACAGUCAGGAAGAGAUCCUUCGUCUGUGGAUGGACACAGAGUCUGGACCAGACUUUCACCACCUGACCUCCACGUGCACGGACUGA